AUGAAUCCAGUUUACAAAAAGAUUACUUGGCAGGCACGUCUUCAGCAGAACAGGAGAGUAUAUCAGACACCAGGAUUUCCAUUCAUCUGCCUUCAUAAAUGGAAAUUCUUUUCCAAUCUUUGUUUAGAGAAUUGUAUACCCCAUUGGGAGUGUUAUUGCAUCAGCUUCCUUCUGCAUGUCUGCAAAGUCAUUACUGUCAAGCAAGCCACAUGCGAUCCAAUUGUCCAUCAUGUGCUUUGCUGUCCCAAGGAAAAGAUUGUGCAUGGGAUCGAUUACUGUUGCACGCACUGGUUCAAAAUAGAUCUCACUAAAAUUGACCUAGAAUCAGUCUGA